AUGUGCUGGCCCGAGCUUGCCGGCCGCAUCGAAGUCGAAGAACGACGCCCGCGAACCUGGAAUGAGCCCCGUCGCAAGCGUCUCAACUUCGUCAGAGGUCAUCAACGGGACUCCGACCAAUGGGUGCCCACGCCAGGCCCAAGAAGACCUACAGAGCAGGAGAUAUGGGACCGGCAACGAGCGCGAGAAAUGGACCAAAGAUUCGUGCAUCCUAUGCCCCACCCACAGCUUCAAGGACACCAUGACCCACAAAUCACACAAAUGCCGCAUGAUCCGGGGCCAUGGCAUCAAAUUCAACCUGGCCACCAUGUCCCUCAACCCGGGGUUGACCAACACGGCCACCACGGACACCAGCCACAGCUGAACCAUCGAUCCCAUCAUAGCGACGACGAUAUCAUUGCCAUCGAGGACUCGGGUGACGAUGGCCACGACGGACACGACGAUCACCGACAUCUUGAGCCUCAGAUCAUCCACCUAAAGCCCCCCAAGUCCCAUUUACCCAAAGGUCUCAAAGCGCACGCGAAAAAGUCGGGAGGUCACAAGCAGAAGUAUUCGAUCUCAUCAUCUUCCUCGGAUGACAGUCGCAGUUCCGACGGCUCUUCUAAAUUCACUGCGGGCUUUAGAGCUGAACACCCGUUCCGAGAGGAAGAAGUAGGAGUCGUCUCACGGAUGAUAGCUUCGAAGAUUUGA